GGGUACUGUACCGCAAACAGUUCAUGCAUGUUUUACAUCCAUCCUUAUCCUCUUCCUCCAUUGUAAACUAGUCUCCUUUCUUCUCAAAGCCCUCUGCCGGUCGGUAUGGCUUCUGCUCGAUAUGCACCUCUGCCAAACCCUCGUUCCUCUCCGGAUGCAGAUCGUGAAUUAGACGAAGCAUUCGGUUCUGACCAGGAGGAUGCAGAGGAUUAUACCCACACCGAAUCAACCCCUUUCAUUUCGACCACAGAACGUCGUGAGCCAUUGUCUGUGACCACUCACGGGGCGUACGACUUUGAGAGAGACUACGAUCAUCCCCCUCCGGGUUCACCUCCAGGACCGUCUGCGAUCGCUGUGCCUAACGACUAUGGAAACUCCAACGGUCUCUUGCCAGAUUCACCUGUUCGUCCCCCUGCGAAUCGACCAUCAUUUUUCAGGAGGGCAGUAGGAGCGUUGCUGCCUCAGCAUUACCAAAGGGUACCCUCUGAACCAGCAAGUUCCCGGGCUGUCGGGGCUGGCAUUGAGAACGAUGGUGUCUUCGCCAAUGUUACAGCGAAACCAGGGAGGACGAUAGAGAUCCAUGGUGAGGAUGGAAAUGUUCAUAUGGUACCUGAGGAUACACAGAAGGAUGCUCCGCCGUCCUAUAGCGAAGCUCAGGCAGAUGCUGUCCCUCAAUAUUGGGAGACCACUAUCCAUGCUCCUGCCAAUAUGGACCCCAACGCCGACAUGAUUGUCGACGACCUGCCAACGGGAUCUGUCAUCCUCUUUGCCGCGAACCUGUUCAUCUCAUAUUUCUUCAACUUCAUUGGCUUCCUCCUUACAUAUCUACUUCACACAAGCCAUGCUGCGAAGUAUGGUUCUCGUGCAGGCCUUGGACUCUCUUUGAUACAGUACGGAUUUUACUCGCGGAAUAGACAGGUUAUGGAGGGUGCAACGGAUGGCGAGCCCAUUCUAUUCUGGAACACGACAAGCGGAAUGUUGGAAGCAGCGCAGGCCCAGAGUACACCUCUCGAUCCUUCUCCUUUAUCACAGAAUGGUACUGCGAUUGAUGGGACUCUACCUGAGGGAUACGAUCUAUCAUCGAGGGAUUGGCUAGCGUUUCUCUUCAUGACCCUAGGUGAGUCACAACGUAGAUUUGGAAGUACCAUCUAUCUGAUCAUCUCCCAGGUUGGUUCCUUCUACUCUCAUCCGUCGUUGGUUUCUACCGAGUCAAACGAUGGGAAACGUCCAUCCGCUCAGCAGCCGCUGCACCGCCUUUGACAGCCGAAGACCGUCAACGCGAGGCAGAACUGCGACGAAACUUCCAGCGAGCAUUCCUGAUGCCUCUCUACGAUGAUCCGGAUCCGGAUGAAAACGACGAACGCAGAGGUGCGCAGGAGGUUCCGCAUGAAGCUGAAAUCAUGCUGGCGAGGAACCUGCGUGCUGCCGGAUUCUUGUAGUUGAGCGAGACUGCUUUCAUUGGAGAAUCGGGUAUCGUAUUCUGUAUUUCUUGCUAUUGAACUAUGUAUUCAUCGAGUCUGAUUAAGCUAAUUGGAUACCACUUGCUUUCGUUCUCGGAGCAAUAGGACAAUAAAUGCGAGAAGUUAACAUUCUUUUCAGAUCAGGCGGAAGCGGCGUUACACCUUGUGUACUCCUGACUGACACCUACCUAUGUAUCGUAGCAAUAGGACAGUAGUUGUGACAGUGCUCAAUGCCCCCAACGACUUCCCUCAAGGAGUUCCAGCUCGCAUUUUGGGCGUGGUAUGGCAUUGCUUCAUAUUCCCUAGCGGUACUGACAGUCAUCCUCCUACCUAUAUAUCCAAGCAAACAGAGAGCAUUGUUCUUUUCACUAUUCAUGGAACCAUGCAAAUGGCAUUAGAUCGGCGAAGCUUCAACGACCCUUCGGAGCGCUAUCAAUCCAACUCGAAAAUGCCGCAGUGUAUGGCGUGUACGGCGAAAUGUCACUGUAGUUUCUCGACGUGGAGUGCCGAAGAACACCCGGUUCAUAAAGUCCUUGAUAUUCGAACUGCAAAUCAUCAGGACUCGACCGCAGAUAGGCUUGAAGUGUACGUACUAUCCGCUGGGAUCGCAGUGACCGCUGUUACGAAGGGCUGCGCCGUAUUGGUCUUUUACGCCUAAGAAGUCGUAUAUAGCUUGCGUAGCUGGGAAGACGACGGAGGCGUCACCCUCGGGAUUGGUCUAUGAAGUGUGAACAUGGUAUAUAGCUUACGAGCCACCGGCACGACCCUUACUUGAAUGUCAGUCAACCCUAUGGCAUU